AUGACCGUUUCCAACAUUGGGGGGGAAGAACGACUAAUAAUUUUACCAGACGAUUAUGAAACUUCGAAAACUAUAAACACUUUUACACUGCCGCCACCUUCCAAUAUUACAUCCAAACCUCGUAUCGAGCUCUUCGAAAAUAUUAAUGGAAAACUUUACGAAAUAAGAUCUUUUCAAUUCGGCAAAGGGCCCUCGUAUUCACAUGAGGAAGAUUUGGCAAAUGAUAAAUAUCACUAUACUAAGGAAAAUCACCCGAUCAAAUCAACUUUCAUUGUAAAUACGUCUGAUCCCACCGAUGGUUAUGUUUUUAACUCAAGCAAAAUACACUUUUGUUCUUUAUACGAUAUUGCUUUUAGUUUGAUUGGAUUUUACUAUAGAAACAGUGUUUCAGCAGAUGAACAAGAUUACUCCAAUUCAAGUGAUACUGGUGAAAACCAAAAAAGCAACAGCAAAACCAAUGAGAAAUUUCUUACGGUGCGUGAUUACCAUGAUUUCUUAACGGAUAACCAUGACAAGAAUUGGGAAAACAUUUCUUUAAGUCGUCUCAAGAGUGGCUUAGCAAAAGUUAGUGAAACCAUUGAGGAAGCUGGUGACGUCUAUUACAAGAUCACAUCUGCAAUGAUAACACAAUUUUUGUUAGGCAAGGUAUCAAAAAUUGUAGAAAACUUUCCUCCAAGUAUCCCUACACUUAAAAAUGCCCCAACGGAAAUAAAACAGUGCUACAAGGUAGUUAUGGCUACAAAUCUUUUAGUUUCCCUGAUUCCAAGGGCGGCCUACCAUAAUUUACUUACCUUUUCACCUACAAUGGAUAGUGGUUGCCUAAAUCCGGAUAUAAAAGCUAGCUUCAUAGAACUCGAAAACUACGAGACUACGAACGAAUUACAGAAUGCUGAAAGAGAAUUACUGAUGAAAAGUGCCAUGAAUGUAGGCCUAAAUUCGAAUGGCAGGGUUUCAUUGCCAGUGAAAAAAGUUACCAAAAAAAUAGUUCAAAAUAAAAAACCAAAAGUAGCCAUAGGAAAAGGGGCCAUUGAUGGAUUUUUUAAACGUAAGUAG